AUGAACAACACUGUCCAUGACUUCUCGUGGACGGACCUCACCGUGACCGUCAAAGACCGCCGCACGAAGCAGCCACGGAACCUUAUCGAUGCGAGCAGUGGGACUGUACAGCAGGGCGAGCUAGUAGCCCUCAUGGGCCCCUCGGGCUGCGGCAAGACGACGCUCCUGAACGUCCUCGCCCGCCGCGCCGCCUCGUCAGGCGCCAAAACGACCGGAUCGACCACCGUAAACGGGACGGACAUCGACAACGACACCUUUGGCAAAAUCACAUCCUACGUCGAGCAGGAAGACGCGCUCAUCGGAUCGCUGACCGUGCAGGAGACGCUCAAGUUCGCAGCGGAUCUGUCGCUGCCGGGGUCAGUCAGCAAGGCGCAGCGUAUCGAGCGCAUUCACACACUGCUCAGUGCGUUCGGAAUCCAGAAGCAGGCUUCGACGCUUGUGGGCACGCCCAUUCGCAAGGGGAUCAGUGGCGGGCAGAAGCGUCGAGUGAGCGUUGCGAGCCAGCUUAUCACUUGUCCGAAGAUUCUGUUUCUGGAUGAGCCGACUAGUGGGCUGGACUCGACGGCUAGUUACGAGGUGAUUUCUUAUGUGAAGACACUUGCUGUGGAGAAUAAUCUCCUCAUAAUAGCCAGCAUCCACCAACCCUCAACAACCACCUUCCACCUCUUCAACAAGCUCCUUCUCCUCUCCGGCGGCAAAACCUGCUACUUCGGCCCCGUAAAAGACAUGCCCUCCUACUUCACCAGCAUCGACCAGCCCAUCCCAAGCAACACCAACCCGGCAGAGCACCUCCUCGACAUCGUCAGCUCCGACUUUGGCGACGAGACCCGCGUCGAGACCAUUCGCGAGAAGUGGACGCAGUCCAGCCAGUGCGCUGAGUUGACACGGUAUAUCGCCCAGAAGAGCGGCAUGCCGGAGAAGGGAGGCAGUGCUCAAGGCGUGGAUGGGGAUGAUUUGAGCAGGCCGGGCGUGCUGGCUAUUACGCUGUCGCUGCUGCAUCGGCUGUUUAUUAAGAGUUAUCGCGAUGUGGUUGCUUAUGGCAUUCGGAUUGUGAUGUAUUUGGGACUGGCUAUCAUGAUGGGAACGGUGUGGUUGCGUCUGCACCCUGAGCAGGAUCAUAUCCAGCCUUUCAUCAAUGCUAUAUUCUUCGGCUCGGCAUUCAUGUCCUUCAUGGCCGUCGCCUACGUCCCCGCCUUCCUCGAAGACCGCGCUACUUUCACCAAGGAGCGCGCGAAUGGUUUAUACGGCGCGUUGCCGUUCACAGUGUCUAAUUUCAUCAUUGGGCUUCCGUUCUUAUUUUUGAUCUCCCUCCUUACCUCCCUCCUAACCUACUUCCUCACCAACUUCCAACCCACAGCCACCGCCUUCUUCACCUACCUAAUGUGGCUCUUCCUGGACCUAGUCGCCGCAGAGUCGCUCGUAGUGCUCGUGACGUCUCUCUUCCCGAACUUCGUCAUCGCGCUGGCUCUCGUGGCUUUCGCGAACGGGCUGUGGAUGAGCGUAGGCGGGUUCCUCGUUUCGCCUACUAUUCUCAACCCGUUCUGGAAAUACGUUUUCCAUUAUAUCGAUUAUCAGGCCUACGUCUUCCAAGGAAUGAUGAUCAACGAAUUCUCCAACCGCAUCUACACCUGCGCCGCGGACUGCACCUGCAUGUACACGACGGACCUCGCGUCGGAGUGCAAGAUCCGGGGGACAGGUGUGCUGGAGGCGUAUGGCUAUGCGACGGGUAGAACGGGCAAGUGGGUGGGGAUUCUGAUUGGGAUUAUUGCUGUGUAUCGGUUUUUGGGGUGGGGGGUGUUGGCUUUGAGGAGGUCUUGA